AAUCCAUAUUUGUUCUUCUUCACACACAUUGUCAUUUAUGGAGUUCAUUCAAAAUCUCUUCCUCGUACUCUUUCUCUCUCUACCACUUUCUCACUCCUCCUCCAUUUAUGAGCUCCUCCAGUCCAGAGGGUUACCUGCCGGCCUUCUCCCGAAGGAUGUGAGAUCCUACAAACUGUCUGAAUCUGGGCUUCUCGAAGUGUUUCUGGAUGGUCCUUGCAUGACCAAGUUUGAUACGAUGGCGUUUUAUGACAGUGUUGUUCGGGCGAAUUUUACUUACGGCAGUCUCACCGGAGUCGAGGGAUUCUCGCAGGAAGAGCUCUUUUUAUGGCUUCCGGUUAAGGACAUUGUUGUCGAUGAUCCGAAGUCCGGCCUAAUUCUGUUCGAUAUUGGUGUUGCUCAUAAACAGCUUUCGCUGUCGUUGUUUGAAGAUCCACCGGAUUGUAAGGCCAAGAGUGCAGGUGCAGGUGCAGGUGCAUUGAAUAAAAAUGGCAGAGAAGAAAGGGCAUAUGCAGCUUAAAAAUAAAGGUGGAGAUUAGUUGCUAAUCCUUUUUUGUUAAUUUAAGCAUAUAACUUUAGAAUCAAAUCUUGUAAUUAGAUAAUUGGUAAUGCUAACUUUUUAGAUUAGAUAACUUGCUAAGAAAAGCAUCUCUUUAAUCUCUCUUCUCAUAUCUUAAUCAUUUUUCGCACAUAUUUGA